AUGCAAAGAGUCUCGCGUCCGCUGUGGCUCUCCAGCGGCAUCAACUCCGGUCGUCUACGACUUGCCGAGCAGUUUGCGACUAUGCAAGGAUGGCAAGCAGGAGAAGACGUUUCCUUCGAUGCAUACGUCAAGGAGAAGCGACUGAAGGAGCGCUACGAGGCUUUUGAUCAGCGGGUGGAGCGAGGAUAUGCGGCCGCAGCAAAGUUGCAUAGGGCUGAGAUACAGAAUGCAGUGAAAAGGCGGUUAAAAUCCACCGGAACGAAGUUUACUGCCGCAACACUGCGGGAAAUGAAAGUCGCUCUGGAGGAGCGUAUGGCCUGGCUACGUGACGUGUGGACGCAGAUUGAUGCAGACUACCGCAGUGGCGACACGGCCCGACAGGAGACCGCCGCGCGGGAGAUAUCGGCUGCUCUGAGGGGAGAACCAAGCGACUACAUGCGGUGGGUGUAUGACAAGAAGCGAGAGCUUCGAUUCGCAGGUCCAAUCAAACGUGGUGAAAUGCAGGGCGAGCUGCAGAGCGCAGAGCUGCCGGAUGUCUCGGACGAGGAGGUGAAUCGCUAUCAUGCCUUGAGGCUGAACAUGAUGGAGGUGGAGUACAACGUGAAGAGCAAGUAUGGUUUGGCAGGUCAGCAGCACUGGGCGGAGCUGCAGGCAACAAAAGAUGAUGAGUACGUGAAGAAACUGGAUGACGCUGCGGAGGUCUACAAGCAACUUCUCGAUCAGAAUGCACGCCUAGAUGA